CACUCUUUCUUUCCUUCUCCAACAUCUCCAGGCUCUCUCUAUACUCAUCCCGUUCCAACUAACUAGACAAAGCCAAGCAGAAUGUCCGAACAAAACCCCACCCCCGCGGACGUGGCCGCGCGCGAAGCCGAAGAGCAAGCCCGCAAAGCCGCCGAGGACGCCGAGCAGGCCAAACUCCCCUACAAAUGGACGCAAACCAUCCGCGACGUGGAGGUGACCAUUCCCGUGCCGGGCAACCUGCGCGGCCGGGAUCUCGACGUCGUGCUCACUAAGACCAAGAUCCGGGUUGCGGUUAAGGGGCAGGAGGCUGUUAUUGAGGGCGAAUUUCCGCACCCGAUUAUCGUGGACGAGAGCUCGUGGACGCUCGAGACGACCUCGCAUCCGCCGGGUAAGGAGGUCGCGGUGCAUUUGGAUAAGGUCAAUAAGGUCGAGUGGUGGCCGCAUGUUGUGACGGGGGCGCCGAAGAUCGACGUCACGAAGAUCACGCCUGAGUCGUCUCAGCUGAGUGAUCUGGAUGGCGAGACGCGCGCCAUGGUCGAGAAGAUGAUGUAUGAUCAGCGGCAGAAGGAGAUGGGUGGUCCCACCAGCGAUGAGCAGAAGAAGAUGGAUAUUCUGAAGAAGUUCCAGGCGGAACAUCCUGAGAUGGAUUUCUCGAAUGCGCAGAUUGGUUGAAGUGCCAUAGUUUGAUAGUUUGAGUAGUGUUGUGUAUGAAGUAAUGACUUAUCUUGUCUUGCAUUGCUGGG